AUGGCAUUUGAUAGGACUGAGAGAUUCAUGGAAAUAGCUACGUCAACUCCUGCUCGAGUGGGCCCAGGGACUUACGAUAUAACGGACCCAUCAAAGCCAGCUCGAGAUCUGAACAACGCUUAUCCAUUUUUGAGCGGAGCUAGCAGGCAGACACUCGGCAUACCAAAAGAUGUGCAUAAGUUUCCAGGUCCUGGUUCUUACAAUAUAGAAGCGCCACGGAAACGUAUACCAGAACGUGCAUUUUCCCUAUUCACGCCUCAUUUAUUUGGCGGCAUUAGUCUUGAUUAUACCGAUGUUAGAUUUAAAGAAAAGGUGUAUGAAGGACCAAGUCCAACACAAUAUAUCUUGCCGAAUGAUUUGUUUAAGGAAACUCCUCGAAAAAUAAGAUCUCAUUCGGGUACUUGGCGUGGUACCGCAGGCAAACUAUGGUUGAUUCGUCCUCCGCGACCGCUCACGACAGGCCUUGCCAUUCCUUCGAAACGUGACAUUGGCGGAUACGACUACAAUGAACGAGGCGUACUUGUAAAAAAUCCGGUCAUCGAGCAUAAGCCGACCGAUUUUUACGAUGUUCCUCGAGGGGAGACAAACUUUACCGCUCUGAAGUACAAAGGAAACUUUUGGAGCAGAAUGAAGGGUAGAGAUGACGAACGGACUUCCGUGACCCCGGGUCCCGGGGACUACGAGCAUGAAACAAAGAAAAGUCCCGCCCAAAUCCGCGACGAGAGAACUAGGGAAGCGAAAAGAGCCGCCGCUAAGCAGCCGCGUUUCUUGGAAGCUUUGUACCAGCAAAAAUUACGCCAAAACUUUCCAGCUCCCAAUCAUUACGACUUACCAAAGAGCGUAUUUGAUAAAUACAAACGUAACCUGUGUAAAUGUGAUCCUUUUAUGAUAGAAUCGCCGCCAUUCAAUCAAUCUGCGAAGAGAUUCGAGGAGAAUUUUCAACCAGAUACACCCGGAGCUGGAACUUAUGAAAUUAUGGCUCCGCAAAUUUGUUACGGUUCUAUUCUUCAUGCACCGUUUAGUGCUUUCGAUGAUCGUUUCAAGAGAAUUAUCGAAGAGGUGCUACCAGGUCCUGCAGAUUACCAUACGAAUGUCGGAACCUUGGCUUUUGAAUCCGCAAAGCGUUUCAAAAAUGAACGUGGAAAAAUGUUUGACUACAUAAAAUUUUAUAAAACACUGCUAUCGAUAAGCGACGAUGAUGAAUACAUGGUAAUAGAUGAUUAUCAAGUAAUGAAGAAAAUAGAUGAAAAGUGUCCAGUAUAUCAUGCAGUUUUCAAAUCAAGAGUAGAUAGAUUUCCAAAAAUUCGCAAAAAUGAUGAUGUACCGGACUCAGGUGCUUACGAAGUUUUAUCAGCCUUCAAAGCUAAUCGUGAUAGAUGCGAUUUCCUUUGUCGACGAUUAGCUCCACCCUUCGGCUCUCGCGCUAGUCGGUUUCCGAUGAUACCGGAAGGCGAUUUCCAUGUACCAGGUCCAGCACACUACGAUCUCAAGGGAGAUAUAUCAAAGAACGUGAAGAAUGGCGUGAUAUAUUCCGCUCCUCGUGAAAAAAAGAUGGAUGUCAAAGGGCCAGGGCCACUGCAUUAUCACAUACAUCCACAUAUCACGUCAUCGGUUUUGAAAAAGUCAUUUAAUGUCACUCUCGGUCAACCAAAUACUGUACAAAAAAUCAAUGAUAUCCAAACUCCUUGGCAACGUCGACGAUCAAAGAAAACUCUUUAUUGGUUCGCUGUACCUCGCGAAAAAUAUCAACAUUGUAGCUCCUUCUGA